GAAUUCUGAGCCUGUCCGCCAAUCCAACUAUCUCAGCGGAAUACGGCGGUGGAUGCACAACUCGAUAUUUUCACUCACGUUAAAAAACUUCAAAUUCAAGUGAUCCCCAAAAACUCAAAAUAUAAAUUUUUGCCAAGGAUUUUUUUAACAACUUCAUAAUAACAUAAAUAAAUUUGCAAUAAAUAAAAUAAAUAUUCUUGCUUUCUUGGUUUUGGACUCGACAAACGACAAUGGGAGACCCGUACAACCACCAAAAGAAGAUGAUCGAAUCGGAAAUGGACCGAUUUGAGCAGGAAAUUUCCUCCUUGGCACCCACAACAAUGGCGAGAUCGUUCAUUCCUGCCCAGUUACGUCGACCCAUGGGUCACGGGCAUUCAAAUCCAAUGCCCCCUGGAACGGGCUCUUCUCACCACCAUCACAAUAUUCCUCCACCCCCACCAUCGCAAUUGGUUGUUAAGCCUUCUCCAGUCAUUAUCAGUGGGGCCCCUCAAGUUUAUAAUGCUAAUGCGAAACCACUCCCACCUUCAGGAGUAAAAUCUCAAGAAACAAUAGCUGCAACGCCGCAAUUGGGGAAUAAGGAACAAGCCGCAUCGUCGAGCAGUUCCGUUGGAGUUAUUUCAAAGGCACCAUCCCUUCCCGGAUCAUCAUCCUCCUCUGCUGCAGCUGCGGGCCCAUCUGUGGUUAAAGUACUAGAAAAUCCGAAACCAUCCAUGAUAUCUUCUGCCAUGGAUGGGGAAAAGAAGAAACCAAAGAAGAAAAAGAAAAAAGAUGAUAAGGAUAGGAAACCCAAGAAAGCCCUUCGAUCUGCUGGUGGACAAGUUUGGGAAGAUUUGACACUACAAGAUUGGGAUCCAAAUGGAUUCCGCCUGUUUUGCGGAGAUUUAGGAAACGAUGUAACUGACGAGGUUUUAACUCGAGUCUUCGGACGUUAUCCUUCUUUCCAGAAAGCAAAGGUUGUACGGGAUAAACGGAGUAACAAAACGAAAGGAUUCGGCUUUGUGUCUUUUAAGGAUCCAAAUGACUUUGUCAGAGCUAUAAAGGAACUAGACGGUCGAUAUGUUGGAAGCAGGCCAAUCAAGCUUCGUAAAUCAAAUUGGAAGAACAGAAAUAUUGAAGAAGCACGCAAAAAGGAAAAGGAAAGGAACCAACUUUUAUCAAAUAUACGAAAAUAAGUUUUUUUACCAUUACUAAGCUAAGUGUUGUCUAUUAUUAGAAUAAUAGUUGAUAGUAAAGUUACUCAUUCAAAUCGA